AUGAAGUUCUCCCAUUCGUUGCAGUUCAACGCCGUCCCCGAAUGGACCUCCAAGUACAUCGCAUAUACCACGCUCAAGAAGUUAAUCUACUCGCUUCAGCGGGAAAACUUGAGGCAGCAGCUGAAAGACCGCAGAACCGAUGAUGAGGACAUGGAAGCUGCCCAUCUUAUCUCCAACGAGUACUCGUCGAUCUCGCAGGGCAGCUCAUCGGGUGCAUCCACAUCGAUGGUAUUCCUUGCUGCGUUGGAUGCCGAGUUGAAGAAAAUUGACGAGUUCUACCAGACCCAGGAAGCCUACGUGUACCAGACUAUGGAUGACUUGAUAAUAGACAUAGAAAACUUUGAGAAGGAGUUGGGUGGCUCGUCGUACCUUUCGGGAAGAAAAGACUCAGAAAUUAAUCUGUUCACGUUGGACGCAAACGAGACUAGCCACAGUGCCGGUGGAUACGUCUCCAACACCACCGACUUCGACACUCAAGCAGAAGACUUUGACAACGAUGACGACGAUGAAGAGGAGCCAUACCACGGCGAGCCUGGUGCAGAGUAUGACCAGGCUGCUCGUGGCAGAAGCAAGAGCUUGGAAUUGGCCAACAGCAAGUCAAUAGACACCUACCUCAAGUCCCCCAAAUCUCCUCGUUUGUGGAACUCGUUGAACAACGCUUCCGAUGGCAAUACUCUUCCUCCACAGUUGGUACUCUUGUCGGAAAAUAGAGUGAUUUUGAGAAAAAGAGUCAUUGGAUUAUUUACCACCCUUUCCGAGUUAAAGUCGUACAUCGAGUUGAAUCAAACUGGUUUUAAGAAGGCGUUGAAGAAAUUCGACAAGUCUUUAAACACCAACUUGAAGGACGACUACUUGAACAAAUUGCCCCUUGAGACCUAUAUCUUCCGUGAAGGCACCAUGGCUACCUUGAAAGAUCAUAUUGAUUCACUUAUCAAGUUGUAUGCUUUGAUCUGUAACCACGGACAAGAUUUGGAGACUGCCAAGGCUGAAUUAUCCAUUCAUUUGAGAGAACAUGUGGUCUGGGAAAGAAACACUGUUUGGAGAGAUAUGAUUGGUUUGGAGCGUAAGACCUACGCUGCUAACUCCAAGUUAAUGAGUGGGGGAGAUCGUCUCUCGGGUGAUAAAGGCGAUCGUAAAUCGGGUGAUGGCAAACUAAAGUCAACUUUCAACCUCUCGUUGAGAAACCCGGCCAUUUUGAAGUUAAUUCUGAUUUUCACAGUGACUUUAUUAUUGUUACUGUUCUCUCCGUUCGAAGACGAGGCCCAAAACCACUGCUUUGCUUUGGUGAUCUGUGCAUCGUUAUUGUGGGCUACAGAAACGAUUCCAUUGUUCGUCACCUCAUUGCUCAUUCCAUUACUUAUCGUUGUUCUUGGAGUCGUUAAAAAUCCAGACGGCACCCUCAUGAAUGCUGAAGACAGCUCCAAAUUCAUCUUGUCAACCAUGUGGAACUCGGUUAUUCUUUUGUUGUUGGGUGGUUUCACCUUGGCUGCUGCGUUGUCGAAGUACCACAUCGCAAAGUUAAUUUCUACCUGGAUCUUGUCGAAAGCUGGAACGAACCCACUGGUGGUCCUUCUUACCGUCAUGUCCGUUGCGUUGUUUGCAUCGAUGUGGGUCUCCAACGUCGCCGCACCUGUCCUUUGUUUCUCUAUCAUCCAACCAUUGUUGCGUACCUUGCCAAAGGGAUCUCGUUUCAUCAAUGCUCUUAUUUUGGGUAUCGCAUUAGCAUCCAAUAUAGGAGGUAUGGCCUCGCCCAUCGCGCUGCCUCAAAACAUGAUCGCUAUCGGCGCAAUGGAUCCCCAACCAUCAUGGGGCCAAUGGUUUGUGAUUGCCAUUCCUGUGUGCAUUUUGCUGUUAGUCUUGAUCUGGGGCUUUUUGUUGUUAACCUUCAAUACCCUGAACACCCAGCUUGUUGCAAUCCGUACCAUUGACGAUAAAUUUUCUGGCAUCCAGUGGUAUAUUGUCGGUGUUUCUGGGGGUACUAUUUUCUUAUGGUGUAUUGCAUCCAGAUUACUGGGUAUAUUUGGUGAAAUGGGUAUCAUUGCAUUAAUUCCUGUGAUUCUCUUCUUUGGACCGGGUUUAUUGACAACUGAGGAUUUCAACAAUUAUCCAUGGAACAUCGUCGUUUUGGCUAUGGGGGGUACAGCCUUGGGCAAAGCAGUUGCUCUGCUGGGCUUAUUAGCUACCAUAGCCACCACUAUCCAAGAGCAAGUUGAAGACUUUUCCUUGUUUGGAGUUACACUUACAUUUGGUCUUUUGAUCUUGAUCAUGGCCACCUUUGUCUCGCACACCGUUGCUGCUCUUAUCAUUAUCCCCUUGGUGGCUGAAAUUGGUAACCACAUGCCUGACCCUCAUCCACGCUUGUUGAUCAUGGCCAGUGCAUUGCUCUGUUCUGCAGCCAUGGGUUUGCCUACCUCUGGAUUUCCAAAUGUCACCGCUAUUUGCAUGACCGAUGAGUUCGGCAAACCAUACUUGACCGUUGGCACCUUCAUUACUAGAGGUGUUCCUAGUUCGAUUAUUGCAUAUGCCAUUAUUGUAUCCGUUGGAUACGCAACCAUGAGGUUGAUUAAUUUUUAG